GCUUCUGCUGGAGUGUCGCAGCAGUUUUGACUGGAAUCUUGCGCAGGAAACUUCUCAAGGGAUGAGAUUCUGGUUGAUUGCACUUAUGUGUGUUGGGGCAGUUGCCAUGGGGAACGGAGCCCCAGUUGUACGGACACCAACAUCUAAGGAUGCUUUGUAUGCUGCUAUCUACAAGUACAAUGCAGGGUCCAGCCAGAUGAACCUCUUUAAGCUGUUGGGACCCACCUGCAUUGCAAUCAAGCAAAUGGCACAAGGUAAAGAAUAUGAGAUUGGGUUUGCCCUCAAACAGACAGUGUGCACUAAAGGAAUGGAGGAUAUAAUGCAAGACUGUGAGUACAUGGAUGAUGGAACUGUAUUGAUUUGUAACGCAAUCGUUACAGUUACCUUCAAUGUCCCUGUACCAACAAAGACCACAGUCAGCUGUUCACCGCAGGAUUGAGUGAGGAGUUUUGAAGAAGACAUUGGCCAACAACAGAUUAGGCAAAAUGAACUGCCAAGAAAACCAGCUUUUGUCAAAAGUUUCUUAAAACCAUGAACAUGGGACAUAAUGUAAACUUUAUUGCAGAGAAGAAACAUAUGAAAAUUAGUUGUAGACUAUCCUGAAAGUUUUGUUUAAAAUGAACAAUUUAAAAAUAAUAUUUACAAAAUGAACUGUAUUAGACUUUCCCUGUUUUCUCGAGGUCCUUUGUCAAUCAUCUAGACCAAGAGUAAGGAAAGAUGUAUAGUUCAACCAAUUACAGCUAUUAUUCUCAUAAGCAAUCAUUCAACUGGAUUUUAAACUGUGAGUCUCAUUGUCUAAUCUUACUACAAUAAAUUAUAAUCAACAUGAA